AUGGAGGGGAUGACACGCUUCGUGGUGGCCUCGGCGGCCGCGGCGCGUUGGCGGCCAGCGCUGCCCGCCCUACUGCCGCUGCUGCUUGCCGUGCCGGCGCUGCGGGGUUCGCCCGCUACAGAUGAGAAAUCCAUGGAGCAGCAAAAUUUUUCCUUUUUCUCAAUGGACUCAAAGGUGCACCAAAGCAUAUCAGGCAGCAGGACACAAAUGGCCUUAGCACAAAGGACUUCAGAGUCCCAGGAAAGUAAUUUCCUUCAAACAGUUUUAUCGUCUGUUACCACUCCCUUUGAUGUGACUUUAUUUAACCAAGAGGAAGUGGCCAGGAUUUCAGAAGGGAGAAGUACCCCGUUGGUAGAUGUCUUUAUAACAAGCAAUGAGGCAUUUUUACGUGAUGAUGAAUUUAUUAGCUCAUUUCCAAAGGCCCAGUGGACUCCUCCACUGAAGUCUUUUGCAGUUUUAACAGAUCGUCACUCCGUUAAUACAGUAGAGCCAUCAAGAGAAAUGUUAGAAACUGAGUUGCUAACACCUUCAUUAUCUGUCCUUUUUUCAUCAUAUGAUAUCUCAAAAACAGCACAGCAGAAGACUCCGUUGGGUGUUGUCCUUGAACACAGUAAAACUCUCACAGAACUGAAGUCUUUUGUACCAGAUAAUGAAAUGCUAACUCCAAGCAGAGACUUGCUGUUGUACCCUCCAAAUACAGCUAUUUAUUUCACUUCCAUUCCUUCAGAGGUGGGACUUGCAGUGCAGGAAAACAUAAAUGCAAGUUUAACAGCUCAGCCUUUUGGGACUGUCUCAGAAGGGUUGCCUCUUCAUCUCAAGCUGCUGAAUAAAACUAGCCCUGUGACCCCAGAUGCCACAGCACAAAGUGCAAACCUGUAUGGUGAUGUUUACGCCGAUGUGAGUAGCAGGGCACCAGAAGCUCUCAGUCUAAGGACCUACUCCAGUCCAAGCAUACCCUGGGCCAUACCAGUUUCAGCAGCCAGUGCUGAGCCUGCUUUGUUUCCUAUUAGUCUUCCACUUGCGUCUUUCCCACUUCGCUCAGCUGCCAUUUCUACAGACUCUAAUAUGGUUCUUAAUGCCAGUCUGUUUACACGUGAAUUUUCCAGUACAUCACCAAAUUUGCCUGCUGGUUCAGAAAUACAGAGUCAGUCAGAGCUUGUCCAUGAGCUCAUGAGUCCAGUGCCUUCCACAAGAUCAUACAGUUCUUGUCUGUAUUGUGACUCAGUUUCAUUUCUUCCAGAAGCAGACUUUUCCCCAGAACAUGACGUGGGCUCAGGUGAUUAUGUUGAAACUUUGUCCAUCAAAGCCUCUGAAGUACAAAGUAUAACUCCUUUUACAACUAUAAUUACUGAUGGGUAUGAAUUAGAAGAACCUACACCUGAGAUUUUUGAUACUUCUUUUCCGUCCAGACCAGUUGUUUCAUUUUCUUCAAGAUCUGCAGAAAUGCCUGAUUCAAGCCUAUUUUUAUUAAGCACUAUGGACCCUGUCUUUAACAACAGAACAUCUGUAACAGUUUCUUCUUCUUACCAUAAGCUCCCUGAAGAAAUGUCACCAAACACCUCUGUUGCAGAGUUUUCUCAUCCUCUUCUGGAAACAGUUUUGCUGACACCAAGCAUUCAAGUAGAAUUUCAUGAUGCCACCACCGUUCUGUUUGACUCUACCAUUAUCCCAAGUGAACUAGUAGCAUCGUUUGCAAUCAGUCAUACAACUUUGCUGGAGUUUCCAGAACUAAUGCCAUCAGAGUCUGUAGUUUUGCUUGACAAGACAUCUAUAAGGGAGGAACUGUCUUUAAAUAUUUCAGAUUUUCCAUCCAGUCUUUUAUCAACACCAUUUCUUAUUGAACCUAGCUACUUGUCUUUGUCAUCAGCUGUGCUAAGUUCUUACUCUGUGAUGCAAAGUGAUUUAUCAGCCCUCUUACCUCAGACCUUAUUGACUGGGACAUCAGUACUUUCUGAGGAUGUUUCUAACUGGGUUUCCAGCUGGGACUUAGCUACUACUGUCAGCUCUGCCACUGAUGCCGAGGUUUCUCAGUUCCCCCUCAGCGAAACACCAUACUUUUAUUCAAAUGCAUCCUAUGUUCCUGAAAUAACGCCAUCAUCAGAUUUUCACUCUGAGCUGUCUCUGCUUCUGGAAGCACCCUCAGUAUUAACAGUGGGCUCUGAAGUUGUGUUUACCUCAGGUGUUACAGGAGCUACCUCUCAGUUGGAGCCUUCACUCUCCACCUCCCACUCUGUGGUUCCUACCCUGGUGCUGCCCACUUCUGGCACUCAGUCUGUUACCAGCAGCAUCUUACUCAAUGAAGCAGAUAUGAUCUCUUUGUUUACUACCUUUCUGGCAACUCCUGUCUUAAAUGUGUCUUCAUCUGUCCUCUCUACUGCUGCAACUUCUGGUGAGGAUAUUGGUGCUACCGUUAACCCCACGCUGCUUUUAACAUCUCACAGUGAGGGCAGUGCACGCACAGUCCUUCCUCCCACAGACCCUGACAACCUGACAUCCCGUGCUGACACCAGCAGCAUGAUGACGUUUCUUCCUACAGCAUCUCUGUCUGUGACCACAUCCUUUGCUCCCACACCAUUUCCUCUGACUUCUAGCCCUCCCACUGGACGUGAAGUUCUAGCAGGAAGCAGUGUAACUGCUGGUACUGAUGGAUCCACUGCUUUUACCAGCAUCCCCAUGACCACUGCCACUAGUGCUACAGACAGCCAUGACACAACUGCUACAGGUGGCCUGGGGACGUUCUCCUCCACUCCUCUGGCAACCACUACUCCAUCUGAACCUGUGGUUGUAACCUCGGCCAUGACCACCACCAGACAACCUUACGUGUGCGACAUCACAGUUCCUGAUAGUUACUUAGUCACCAUGGUGCUGGCCCGAAGAGCUGUUCUACAAAAUGUUAUUGAGUCCAUCAGAGAAGUGCUCAGAGUUCAGUUCAAGCGAUCAGUGGAGCUAGAGGUCUAUAAAAUUUCCCCCAAAUUUGCUUUCUUGGUGACAUCAGGUCCUUUUGUUUACACGGCAGUAUCUGUUAUAAAUGUGCUUAUGAACAGCAGUCUUCUUCGUGGUGAGGCCCCCACAAUCCUCUCACUGCAUCCUUCUUUCACUGUGCCAGACAACAGAUUCCAGGUUCAGACAGUGCUUCAGUUUGUGCCUCGGAAUGUGGAUGUUGGGUUCUGCAACUUUAGCCGGCGCAUUGAGAAAGGGCUGGCAAUGGCAUUCAGGGAGGUGAGCAAACACCAGGAAUUCUACAACUUCACUGUGCAGAUACUGAAUAUAACUCUGAGCAGCCCUGGGGCAGCAUUUCGGCAAGGCCCUGUGAGCAUUGUUUUUGCCAUCCGAGACAGAUACGGUUUUCUGAAUGGAUCUGAAGUCAGUGAGCAGCUAAGAAACUUGUCCGUGGUGGAAUUCAGCUUCUACCUGGGCUAUCCUGUGCAGCAAAUUGCUGAACCCUUUCAUUAUCCUAAGCUUAAUGUGUCUCAGUUGAUGAAGUCUUCCUGGGUGAGAACAGUGCUCUUGGGUGUCGUGGACCAGCGAAUUCAGGAGGAAGUGUUUCAGGCUGAGAUGGAACGGAAACUCGCUCACCUGUUAAACGAGGCUUUGGUCAGAGGGCGGAUAUGGAGACGAGCAAGUUUUGCAGGCAGCAACAUUGUGCAGAUAGUGAACGUGUCGCGGUUAGUUGGUGUUGAUAACCCUGUGGAGCUGAUCUAUUUUGUGGAGGAUCAAGAUGGAGAGAGACUUAGUGCUCUGAAGUGUUCAGACCUGAUGAACAGGGUUGAUAUCCAGCGGGCUGCAAUCAUCCUUGGAUACCGCAUUGAAGGCACCGUUGCACAGCCUGUGGAGAAGCUGAAGGAUUCUACCUCUGAGUCACAAAACAGCAACCUCUGGAUCAUUGUUGGUGUGGCAGUCCCAGUUGCUGUGGUGCUCCUGAUUGUUAUUAUUUUGUACUGGAAACUUUGUCGAACAGACAAACUGGAGUUUCAGCCAGACACAAUGAGCAACAUUCAGCAGCGACAGAAGCUACAGGCCCCCAGUGUGAAAGGUUUUGACUUUGCGAAGCAACAUUUGGGCCAGCACAAUAAAGAUGACGUCCUGAUUAUCCACGAGCCAGCUCCUUUACCAGGACCUAUUAAGGAUACUACCCCAUCUGAAAAUGGAGAUGUGCCCAGUCCCAAAUCCAAGACUUCCUCAAAGCCUUCAAAGACUGUUCGACACAGAGGGAGAAUUUCACCAUCAGAUGCUGACUCCACAGCAAGUGAGCAGUCCAGCGGGAGAGAGACAGGAGAAGAAACUGGGAGACCAACUGUUGCCAACGAGGGCAAGCCACGCAGAUCAGUGAAGAAGGGACCUCCUCAAACUGGCAGUGGAAAUGAGCAGCAUUCUUCAGCCUCAAUCUUCGAACAUGUGGAUAGGAUGUCACGUUCCUCAGAUGCCAGCAGACAGGUCCCAAGCAAGAUCCAACUGAUUGCUAUGCAGCCGAUGGCAGCACCUCCAGUUCAGAACUCAGUGCUUUCUGAUCGAGUAGCAGAGACCAACAAAAUUAAUAAAGAGAUACAAACAGCCUUGAGGCAUAAAUCUGAAAUCGAGCAUCACCGCAAUAAGAUUCGUCUUCGUGCCAAGCGCAAAGGGCACUAUGAAUUUCCAGUGGUGGAUGACGUGGUGGUAGUUGAUUCCAAAGAACAGCACCGGAUAUAUCGCAAGGCACAGAUGCAAAUUGACAAGAUCUUGGACCCUGGAGGCAGCGUGCCUACUGUGUUCAUAGAGCCCAGGAAGAGCUCUCGUGCAAAACGUUCUCCCAAGCAGCGCCGGCGACAUCAGAUAAAUGGCAGCCCAAUUGAUGCAGAAAAGGACAGGUUAAUCACAACCGACAGUGAUGGCACGUACAAAAGGCCUCCAGGAGUCAAUAAUUCUGCAUAUAUUUCGGAUCCAGACUUGCCUCCUGAACAUCAGACAUCAUCUUCAGCUGAUAUGGGGAAGUUCCCUGGCUUGCCUUCCCACCCAGUCUCCCAGUAUGUCCCACCACAGCCGUCCAUUGAAGAGGCACGGCAAACCAUGCACUCGCUUCUGGAUGAUGCUUUUGCACUGGUGGCUCCCAGCAGCCAAGCAGCCAAUUCCACAGCCGUCACACCGCCGGGGGUCUCUGCAGGACAGCCGAGAUAUGUGGAAUUUGGAAUGACUCCACCAGCAGCACCAGGUCUCCUACCAAGGCCGAGCUUUGGGCCGGGUUUCCUUCAAACUGCAGAGUUAAUGCACCCAGACCAGCAGCCAUCUGAGGUUCCAUAUUCCUCCAGAGGGAUAUACUCAGAGGAAAUGCCAUCAGUGGCACGGCCACGACCAGUUGGAAGCACUGCAGGUUCUCAGAUACAGCACCUCACUCAGGUGGGAAUUGCUAGCAGGAUCGGAGGUCAACAAGUGGAGAUACCCUCAGGCAGAGCAGGGCAUGGCCAGCCGGGGGGGCCAGGGUGGCCCCAGUACCGUGGAGAGGAUGAAUAUGCUAGGAGAGAUGCAACGCAUAUGCAUGGACACCAAGAAUAUUCCUCCUCACCAGUAUUCCAGAUGCAGAGGACUUCAGCCAGGCAGCCUUCGGCACCCCCUGCUCAGCUUCCACACAACAGCCUUCAGGGCCAGGGCCUUUGCUACACCACCAGUUCCACUGAGGACCUCCAGCCAGGUCACUCUUCAGCCUCUCUUAUCAAAGCAAUCAGAGAAGAACUUCUACGACUUUCUCAGAAACAGACAACAGUGCAGAACUUCCACAGCUGA